GACUGAAUGAAUGGGUUUCCUUCAGACUUUUGCCUCUUCCAUCCCUCCCUUGUUUCCUCCCUCAAAUUGCCACUUCUCUCUCUCUCUGUUUCUCUGUUUCUCCUGCUUGCCUCCGCUUCUCGAAGGGAAACUUUCUUCAUACCUGUCUGAACAGGGAGAGCCGGACCGCUGUAGGGCACAGAAAAGAUAGAAUUAAACAAAUAAGCGGGGCUGGGAGGAAAACAAACAAACGGGCAGGGAGUGUAGGACAAACGUAUGCAAGGAGAGAAAACAGGAAAAGUUUUUUUUUUUUUUCUUCGUUCCCUGCUGGGCUGCUGCUUCAGUUUUGUGAGACCGGUGGCUAUUUUGGUCCGUCAGUGUCGGAGCGGUUUAGGAUGGAUGCCAUCAUGCUGCAAGAGAAACUGGUGGAACGGCUUCUGUGCCCACGAGUGAGAACCGCAAGACAGAAGGAGAAACAGUAUGUGGGUUUUGCAACUCUGCCAAACCAGGUUCACAGGAAGUCUGUGAAGAAAGGCUUCGAUUUCACCCUGAUGGUUGCAGGAGAGUCUGGGAUGGGAAAGUCCACUCUGGUCAACAGUCUGUUCCUCACAGACCUCUACAAAGACAGGAAGUUACUAAAUGCCGAAGAGCGGAUUAACCAAACUGUGGAGAUCAUCAAGCACACCGUCGACAUCGAGGAGAAGGGAGUGAAGCUCAAGCUGACCAUCGUGGACACGCCGGGGUUUGGAGACGCCGUUAAUAACAACGAGUGCUGGAAGCCAAUCACAGAUUACAUCGAUCAGCAGUUUGAGCAAUACUUCAGAGACGAGAGCGGCCUGAACAGGAAGAACAUCCAGGACAACAGAGUCCACUGCUGCCUCUACUUCAUCCCUCCAUUUGGCCAUGGCUUACGUCCUGUGGACGUGGAGUUCAUGAAGGCUCUUCAUGAAAAAGUGAACAUCAUUCCUCUCAUCGCGAAAGCCGACUGCCUCACUCCCAAUGAGAUAAAAAAGCUUAAAGACAGAAUACGAGAGGAAAUAGACAAGUUUGGGAUCAAAGUGUACCAGUUUCCUGAGUGUGACUCUGACGAGGACGAGGAGUUUAAACAACUCGACAAAGAACUGAAGGAGUGCACGCCUUUCGCUGUGAUCGGCAGCAACACCGUGGUGGAGGCGAGAGGACAGCGGGUCAGAGGAAGGCUGUACCCCUGGGGGAUCGUUGAAGUGGAAAACCAGUCACACUGCGACUUUGUGAAACUGAGGAACAUGCUGAUCCGCUCGCACAUGCACGACCUUAAAGACGUGACCUGCGACGUCCACUACGAAAACUACAGAGCGCAGUGCAUCCAGGAGAUGACUAGGUUUGUCUCUCUGUGUGAGAAAGAGUCUGAUGAGGAGAAAAGUAAACUGGCUCAGGAUAACCGGAUGGAGAGUCCAAUCCCCAUCCUGCCGCUGUCCACUCCAGACGCAGACACUGAGAAGCUAAUCAAGAUGAAAGACGAAGAGCUGAAAAGGAUGCAGGAAAUGCUAAAUAAGAUGCAGCAGCAGAUGCACGACAAAGAUCAGUGACACAUCCAGAUCUGCCCUGCAGCGCCACCUGUUGUUCCUCUCCUGGAACAACAGGGAGACCUUCAGACCUGGAUUUGGGUUGUUCUGCGCGGGAAAUCCCGGCGGACUCUGCAUUUCUCUUCAGUUUGGUGCUCCAUUUUGUCUGUCUGCCUGGAGGUUGUUUGUGUUUUCCGAUUUUGAGCCCCUGGCUGUGACAUCAACUCGAAUAAUUUUAAGAUAUAAUUUAAAUAACUUCUCAGUACCUAAUUUAUAAUGCAGUGCUUAACAUUUUUGGAUAUAAUGUGAGGUGUUUUGUAAAGAGCUGUAGGCUAAUGAUUAGAUUUGAACAUGGGUGUUGUUUUUAUUAUGCAAUUCUGUGUUGGAUAUGCGAGUGUAUCAUAAUAUUUCUUCAACUGCAGGUUUCCGUCCAUGAAAGUCUGUAUUUCCCCCAUUUGAGGAAGUUCCAAUUCAUUGAAACAUUUGCUGUGAAUUCCUUCAUUAACAGUUAGAGUUUCUUAUGGUCAGUGUAAACAUCUUCUUCCAGGUUUUUUAAUAUCCGGGCUUAAAAUGCACUCACUGCUAACAGCUAAAAUAAGGGUUUGAGCAUUAAAGGGUGCAUGUGUGCGCAUGCUGUCAUUACUCAUAUCUCCUGGAAGCUUUGGGCCUAUUUUUUACUGCUUGUAUUUAAUGCCUUCAGCGUGCUGUUUUGCAUCAUCACCCCAGCAUUAUGGGAAAUAAGUGAUGAGGAGCCAAUACCAUGUCUGUGCUUCUGUUUUAAACUUAUCGUUGUUCACUUAACAUAGUGGAAAAUCCAUGUGAGCUAAGGCUGCAGUGUGUGUGCAGAUGACUGUGUGACCGUGUGUGUGUGUGUGUGUGUGUGUGUGUGUGUGUGUGUGUGUGUGUGUGUGUGUGUGUGUGUGUGUGUGUGUGUGUGUGUGUGUGUGUGUGUGUGUGUGUACUUUACUGCUGCUGAUGACCUGUACAGCCCUGAAGGCUAUGAGCUCAGUCUUUGUGUCCCAUUUUGCAAAGGUGUGAUAAAUAAACUCCUCAACAAGG